AUGGCCAGACCUUGUGCCAAGUUCCCGACCAUCAUCUGUGACAUCUGCUGCACAAACGGCAUCGUGGGAACACGCUGGAAAUGUGAUGAGUGCAUCGACUAUGACCUCUGUCACACAUGCUACAUGAGUGACAAGCACAACCUGGAGCACGCUUUCCUGCGUUUCGAUGAGCCAGGCGCUACUGGUGUAAAGGUGCCACCAAGAAAAGGAUCAGUCAAGGUACAAGUUCAUGGAAUUUUUGAGGGAGCCCAAGUAGAACGCAGUGCCCAUUGGAAGUGGGACGAUCAAGAUGGUGGGAGGGGGAGCAUUGGAACUGUCAAGAGCGUCGACAACUGGGGAGAUGGCACAGUCCGUAGUGCCGCGCGCGUCUCCUGGCUACCAGGCACCACCACACACAUUUACCGCAUUGGUCACGGAGGCGACGUGGACCUCAAGUGCACCGUGCCAGCUUCUGGAGGCCACUUCUAUAGGGACCACAUGCCUCUGAUAGCACCAGUCAAGGUCAGACGUGACAGUUCAAAUAGUGCCAGUCCGGAGUUCUGCGAGGGUGAUCGCAUUGCAAUCACACUAGAUCUGGAGAGCUUUGAGCUUCUCCAACAGGGACAUGGAGGCUGGAACCCACUUAUGGAAAAGAUUUUUAACCAAAUGGGAACUGUUCAAAAUGUUGCCCGUGAUGGUAAUGUCAGGGUCAGCUUUCAAUCAAGCGACAGAUGGACGGUCAAUCCAGCGGCACUUGUCAAGGUGCCAGUUUUUGCUCCGGGAGAUGUGGUCACAGUCAUUGACGAUGAGCCAAGAGUAAGAAGCCUGCAGGAGGGCCAUGGUGGCUUUGUUGGGCCCAUGGUGACGUGCCUGGGAAAGAAGGGAAUUGUUGUUAAGGUCUUCCAUUCCCACGAUGUUGUGGUAUUAAUUGGUGAAACUGCUUGGACAUAUAAUCCUCUCUGCUUGAAUUUACUCACAAGGCAGACUGAGAGCGAUUUCAGCUCAAGACUGAGAGAAUCUGCGAGUGGCAGUGACAUUACCGAGGAAAUCAUUCGGCAGGUCUUAGGAAUGAUGUUGAGCUCCUCACAGGAAGCAACUGUGCUUAACAGUCUCACCAGGUGCAGUGACAUCAUAGGGAAAACGGGCGCCGUUACACCGACAAUGCUACAUCGGGCAUGCUUUGAAGGCAACGAGGCCAUAGUGUGGAUGAUGGCCGAAACUGGAGCCAACGUUGAAGAAGUAGACGAAGAUGGCAAUAGGGCGCUGCACUAUGCAACUUAUGGUGAUAAACCGGACGUCAUAGAACUGCUGCUGAAUUUGGGCGCGGACAUUAACGCAACCAAUAAGAAAAAGUUUACAGCACUGCAAGUUGCAGUCAAAAAGAAACAUGUCAACUGCGUUCGCAUUCUGAUCAACAAGUUUCCAGAACGUCUUGAUGUCAACAUUCAGGAUGGUGUAGGUGAUACACCCCUCCAUGAUGCUAUCAAACAUGCAAGCCCGGAAAUUACUGACAUGCUCGUGAACUUUCCCUCCGUGGACUUUACCUUGUGUAAUGAGAGUGGAUACAACCUCCUUCAUCAAGCAGCUGUAACUGGAAACAACUUCGCCACAGAGAUGAUCCUUUCGAAAAAACCAGACCUUGUGGACGUGAAGGACAGUGACGGCUGCACUGCCCUACAUUUGGCAGCUCGUGCAAAUAACUAUAGUGUUGCGAGGACUUUGGUUACCCAGGGCAAGUGCACCGUUGACCUCAAGAACACACAACAACAGACGGCCCUCUUCACAGCUGUAUUCACAGGAAACUGUGCAUUGAUCGAGCUGUUGCUCGAGGCGGGUGCAGACAUCAAUACAACAAACAAGGACGGCGACACGCCCAUGCAUAUGACCUUGGCGAUGCGAUCUCACUUACGGGUGCAGUCCCUAGACCCAUCGGAAGUUGAGGCCAUAACUGCGAUUGUAAAGAAACUCUUGGAGAACCCUCAACCUGGAGUUGACAGCACUUUGGCAUUGGCAUGUUUCUUGGCCGCCAAAGGUGCAGACCUCCACCGAAAAAAUAAGUAUGGAACGACGCCACUUGAAAUGGCUGGCAGCGCUGCUGUGGUCGAACUUCUCUUGUCCUGGCAAACACAAAAGGGGGAUGCAGAAAAUAAAGUUGGUUCCACAAAAUCAGCCGCAGCUGCUGGGGAUGCUGGAUCGAGCUCAUACAUUUGCAAGAUCUGCCUUGAAGCUGAUGCCGAUGUGUGGUUCGAGCCCUGUGGCCAUCAUCUAUACUGCUCGGAGUGCUGUCGACGCAUGAAACGCUGCCUUGAGUGCAGUGUACCAAUCACGGGGAGGGUUGCAGUCUCUGAAAGAUUCGGCGGCAGCAGCGAAGCAGGCAGGCAAGCUCAGAGGGAGCUCGAGGCAAGGUUGCAGCAGCUGGAGGAAGUCCACAGCUGUGGCAUCUGCAUGGAGCGGCAGCGCAAUGUCGUCUUCCUCUGUGGCCAUGGUGCCUGCGACGUGUGUGUUGCAGAUCUUCAAGCUUGCCACAUGUGCCGCGAGACCAUUACAAAAAAGAUAAACAUCUAUUAGAAAAAAUUGGCGGGAAAGCUACUCCAUCUUCAAACAUCUCCAGUCAUAGAACCUAUAAUGCAUUAAAAAAGACUUACGGUAAAAAGUAAAUGAAUAACACAAGGUCACUGGCUGAAAUAACUGGCAUGCUCAUAAUACAUGCACUUUCUUUGUUACGCCACACAUAUAUUUUGCUAAUUUUGGGACAUUAUCUCCACUUUUUUUCUAUGUAGUUUGCCAUGUGCACACAGCUGCUUUUGAUUUCAUCGCCUUUUUCUCACAACUAUUUUCCUGGAUUGAUUGUUGCAUACGUUUUGAGGGAACCCAGUGGAUACAACAGUGGACAUGGGGUAUCUCGGGCUACUUCUCGAACGUCCUGCUUUGCUGAGAAUUCCGCGCUAUCUUAAUCUGUAAAAUGCCUCCUGUGGGACUGCAUCAUCGAAUUUAAUUCGCAGGCACUAUUAAUCGCGUCUUUUUUUUGUGUGUGACAUCCGUACAUAGCAUUUUCAAAUAUUUUAUUUUAUGUGCCACAUUAUGAGAAAGCUGGAGCACAGUGCUUUAGAAGUGCCGCAUUCAUGCUGUCACUUUGACAGUGUAUUUUACAGCAGCUUUACAAUUCCCUGUGCAUGUGGUGUUCACCUGUGUAGAGCAGAGGGAAAUAAUUUUAAUAUGCUUUUAUCUUCCUACUUACACGUUGACUGUACAUGUACAGGUUGUGAACAUGUAAGUACAUGUUUAGAACAUUUAAACCGCUGUAGUAAAAUAUGAGAGUGUAGUUUAAAUAAAAAGUUCGUACUGCUUAACGAACAAUAGUUUCGAUAAUCUCUUUUCUCCAUUUUUCUGCAAAUGACAUGGUGCUAGCACUGCUUUUUGGUGCUCUAAUGUUCCUUUGGUACGUUGAAGUUUUUUUUUAAUUUCCUUUGACUGCAGAAGGUUCACUGAACGUUAUUUUCUGCAAUAAUUUAUGCUGUAAUUUUCUUGAGUACAGAGUGGGCCUCAUUUCGUACGUUAGUGUGGGCUUGUUUCUGGAAACAGUGACUGACUCAUGAAUAAUAAAUAUUUCUUCUCCAUUGA